AUGUACCUGAUCACCGUCCUGGGGAACCUGCUCAUCAUCCUGGCCGUCAGCUCAGACCCCCACCUCCACACGCCCAUGUACUUCUUCCUGUCCAACCUGUCCUUCGUGGACAUCUGCUUCACCUCCACCACCGUCCCCAAGAUGCUGGUGAACAUCCAGACACACAGCAAAGCCAUCACCUACGAGGGCUGCCUCACCCAGAUGUAUUUCUUCCUAAUCUUUGUAGCACUGGACAACUUUCUCCUGACCGUGAUGGCCUAUGACCGCUAUGUGGCCAUCUGCCACCCCCUGCACUACACGGUUAUCAUGAACCCCCGGCUCUGUGGGCUGCUGCUUCUGGCUUCCUUUCUCACCGUGGUCUGUUUAUUUUAUGGUACGAUACUAGGUGUGUAUUUGAGCUCUGCUGUGACCCAGAACUCACAGUCCCUGGCACUUGCCUCCGUGAUGUACACAGUGGUCACCCCCAUGCUGAACCCCUUCAUCUACAGCCUCAGAAAUAAGGACAUCAAGGGCGCUCUGGCAAAUCUGAUUGGGAAGAAAAAGUAA